ACCCCCCCCCCCCCCAAGCAUCGUCAAACCCGCUGGACAUCACGGCAUCGCAGUCCAUCCCCCCCUCUCUCUCACGACCGUCAACCGCACCGUAACAUCCCUUGAGAACCCAGCGAUGUCGUCUCGGAACUUCCACUUGCGAUGACCUCUCGGACCCCAAUGGGCGUCCAGCCGCGACCGCCCCAGCAGCGAACUGUAAGCAGCUCGGGCUUGUCGGUUCAACGGCCAACUCACCAACGCACCCUGUCCGCACAAUACCUGCCUCAAUCGCCCGUCCGCAAGGAAAACCCGAUCGAUCUAACCGGCGAUUCCAACGACGCUGCCGUCGCCCAGAACAGAUAUGGCUCCCUGCCGCGGAGGGGAGGCUCUCGCCUCAAGCUCGAGUUGUCCAACGAUGCCAUGCUAGCCCAACACCCCAUCACCGACUCCCCCAAGACUCUCACGCCUUCCCGCCUUAUGCCCAAGAACGACCCGUCCAACCUCGCCGAAAUGGCCUCGCCCUCCUCUGCCAAGGGCCAGCCUAUCGACGCAGAUAACCCGCCCAUGCCCAUGCCGAAACGCCGUCAGCGAUUCGUCGUCCCCUCGGCCGUCAAAGACUCCCCCGCGCCCACUGUCGCAAUCAAGAAGGAUGGCCGCCCAAAAGCCUGGCACUUUGAAACCCCUGCCGCUGCUCCUCGGUAUGCGCCCUUUAACAAACAACGGAAUGACGCGACCGCCAAACCAGGCUUUGGCGGUUCCGGCACUGGUCCGCGCGAUGCGUCGGAAAUCGGCUAUGCCGACUUCUUUCCCUGGAAUGGAAACCACCCCGAAGACCAAUACUCAGAAACCGUAAUCAAGACUGGUUACUAUGACAAACCUCCCGCCUCGUCCGCAUCCGAGACCUCGUCCGCCAAGGCCGUACUCUUUCCUGCCUUGAAGCACAAGAGCGGGCUCAACUUGCUGUCCAGUAUCUUCGUCGGCGUCUUGAACCAGAGAAAGCUCAACGGCCAGAUCUUGUCGCCCUCGACCUUUAAACCACCACCGCGCGUCACCCUCACUGAUACCAAGCGGGAAAUCUGGCUGAGGGACUUGGCGAACCCGUCGAUAUCCUUGCGCCGACUGAGCCGAACCAUCCCCCACGGCAUCAGGGGUAAGGUGCUGCUGGAUCACUGCCUCAACAAGAACGUUCCGACGGAAAGAGCUGUAUGGCUGGUCAAAUGUGUUGGCGCCAACGAGAUUCGGGCCUUCAAGAGAAAAGGGAACGGCCCGGGCCCAUUUGUACUCGGCGGCGAGGCGAAAUGGCUCAGAGAUUGGACCGUUUUCGUGGAGCAGUUUGUGGAGGGUGUAUCAACGGCCUUUGGCGACAACGACUGGAAAGCCAAGGUCCAAUACGCUAUCCGACUGGCGACGCACCUCUAUGCCGAACAACUACUCGACCGCGAUCACUAUAUGGACUGGCUCGUCACCGGAAUCGAAAACUCCACUCAAUCGAAGCUGCCCAUGUGGAUACUGAUCACGCAAAUCUACUGGAAGGACCUGCUUCGGUUGAGGAAAUAUGGUCGGCGAUUAGUGAAUGCGUUGCUCGGCCAUCUUCAUACGAUCCACACCGACCCUGACCGCGACAUCCUCGCCCAGCUCUCGGCAAGGUUGGCUACCUUGCUUACCCCCCUAUUGUCGGCGCAUCCCGACAACUUUGUGUCUCCUGCAACAUGGUUCAAAUAUAGGGACGCCUUGCUUGCAUCUAUCCUGACCGACCACGAGUUUGCGCAGACCGCAUACAAAUCGAUCAAUAUCAGAAACGAACAGCUUGUUGCUUCGGCUAGCAACUCCCAACCGGCCAACCGCCAAAUACUUGUCAAGCAUCUCGACACCACCUUCACCACCCUAUACAGCCCCGAUCUGGCUGCGCAGUGCUGGGCCGUGAGCGAGGACAAGGGCAUGAUUGUUCGGACACUACUAGAGUGGUGCACCUCACCGCACCGGCCAGGGGCCGCGAAGGUCUACAUAACAGCCAGCCUUCUCCGGGCAUGGGUGGCAGCCGGAGUCGACGUGACGACGGCCGUUCUCGAGUAUCUAAGUAGUAACCCGCCGACGGAGACGAACUCGAAACGAGUUUUUCAUAGACUCAUGUCGGAAAUCGUCCGUACGGGCGAUUUUCAACUCCAGGGUUACAUUUUCUGGCUCAUUGCUAGAGGCGGCCUGCGGAAGCCCGCCGACACCGAAGCUGAUGGCUCCUGCGCGACGAGGUUGCUGGUGGAUCUUCCCCUUCACGCCCUGAACUCGACUUCCCGAACAACCAGAGCCAGUCUUCUCCGGCGUGCGAGUUACGAUGUCAACGACGAGGCCGAGGACAUCAGCACGGCUCUCAAGUGCAUCGAGCAUGCCCUGGGACUGCCUCUCCCACCGGGAGACCCGAUGCUCCAACGGAAGCCAGUACCUGUGGGUAAGCUUUGUAGGCUGAUUGCCAACAGCAACCGAGCCCUUCAAACCGAGGUUGGGGCCAGACUUGUCCAAAUUUUCACGACCGAAAUCGUCAUGACCAAGAACGGACCGCAGGUCUCCUCGGCCAUGUUCAACUUUACCCGGGCCGUUCUUGAAGCAGCGGCCGACUUUUCCGCCCUUGCUGAGAUCAUCAAGCUAGUAGUGCGAGCUUCAAACCCCGAGAUUCUCGCCUCUUGCGCCGAUACUCUCAAUGUGCAUCUGCCGGUCUUUGCUGCGCUGGGUGGGCCCAAAGAAAUGUUCGACUUGCUGAUGGAAAGGCUGAAGACCGUCAGUGAGGAACAAGGUCCUGCUGCACGACCUCUCUUGGCAUCCCUUGCGAGCCUUGCGGUUCGGUUACCUGGGUUUACAAACACGGCCAGUUACCUCCGCCAGCAGCUCCACCAGUGCGAUCGUAACAACCCGAUCGACGCCUGUUCGCCGGUAUCCGACAAUAUGACGGCCCAACUGCAGGACGCGGAGGGCGAGCUGCAUGAAGAGAUCGAGAAGCUCCUGACGAGCGGUACGAGCGUGGAUCGGCCGACGAUGGAUCGGCUUUUCCAGACAGUCGUGGGCCGUUUGGAGUCCAGCUGGUCCAAUUCGCCGGAGCGGCAGCGUGCCUACAGUGCACUCCUCGGAAGACUGCGGAUUUUCGACACCCAACAUUUCGAUGUGCGUAUGACUGACUGGGUUCACCACAUCAGCGCGCUGAAGGCCCGCCCUGCCCUAGUAGAUAUAUAUCCGCUACUAAUCAGCAUGGGGUGCCUGACCCUGCCCAUUGUUCUGACCACAACAUCGAUCGACACGGGCAGGAUUGCGCUCAACCCAUCCGGGCCAAUCAGCAGUACUACGACUUACAUGCAAGAGGUUCUCCGCCUCACGACAAUGCCUCUCGCGGUCAAGACUACGUUGACCCCGGAAGAGACAUACCGAUUCUACAUCCAGCAACAAGUGGCGCCGCGUCAAAACCACAAGGACAUGGUUCUUCUCGUCAGGAACGCCCUAGUCGAGUACUCGAGGCUUCAGGGAGCCGUCGAUCCAGCGCUGCUACCCCUGGCGAGCCCGAGCUUCACAGAUUCCGUUUUGGAACUGCUCAAGUUUCUGGUGUUGCGGGAUCCCCCUUCAGUCGUUCAGGCGCUGGGCACCAAGACGCCGGAGCCGGCGUUAACGAGUUUGUUUGCACAGAUCACCUCCAAAUUACUGUUGCCCGACGCCAGUGACGAAUCGCCGCUCACAUUCGAAACCGUCCUGGAACUAGCCAACGAGUUUACUCUCCCCUUCUGCCAGCUCAAGUUGUCGAUCGGCCUUUCCGCCGACAGCACGACAAGCCCAGGAGGUGGCGAGCAGGCCCUAACGCAGUUCGACAUGUUCUCUCGGGCAAUGGAUCGCGCGGUGUCAGCCAACAACGUCAUGUGGACCAGCAUGUUGCCGUAUUUGAGCGAGGAGAUCACAGAACACCUCAAGAAGCAAGCCCAUCUACGAUUUCUGGGCCUGUUUCCGUCGCAAAAGAACCCUCCUGCUUCGGAUCCGCUUUCCCUCGAAAGCACCCAGUUAGCAGGGAGCUUACUGUCGGUUGUCGAGGCCAUUCUUCGAGGCCGUCCGGCUGUUCGGACCUCCCAGCUCACGUCGGGCAUGGUCGAAAAGCUGGCAGAGCUCUGGGAAAUCUUGGCGGCCGGAGAUGAUGACAAGAGGGAGCUCCGGACGUCGAUACUCCGGUACUGGCUACCGGCAUUGUUGAGAUUCAUCACACUCCAUACAACCGCCAACGAACCCGUGUCCGCUGCCGCUCAGGCCCAGACCACCAACAACAUGAAGCCUCCAGUCAAUGCAGCGGCAUUUGAAAUCCGGGCCAGAAUCCUCAUCAUCUUGUCUGGUCUCACCCUCGAGCUCGACACCCUGGCGCUCCAAGACCCGCAGACCGGCCGGAUCUUGAGCCAGCAGGUAUUCGAUCUGGCCCUGCUGCUGAUCGACACCUUGCCGGAAGACUCACGCUUGCAGUGCGUGCGUGUUCUUCUCACAGGUGGCACAAUGCAAAACCCAGCGUCGUCGGACGCCCGCCUCCAGUACCUCUUCAGCCACAUGCCUCCACAGACAGAGCAGUUCGUGCUCGCGCAUCGACAGCAGCCGGCAACACAACAAAUCGGGCCGCCGAGACAGAAAAUCCCAAUCUCGAUGCAAGGCACCGGUAAGCUUACGCCUUUCGUCUACCGCAAGUGGGAGAUGCUCAGCGAGCCAACUCCCAACGUUGGAGAAAAUGAUACGGCUCUUAGCCUUACACUGUUUGAGGCUAUCAAAAUUCAGUAAAAAAAGUUUGGGGAGAACAGGGUAUACACACAUUGCACACAAAUUUUUUUUUUUUUAGUCAUUGCAUUCCGUUCGAAGGGGGGGGCGUGGAGGAUUACAUUUUUUAUAUAUAGAUACCAUUACUGGUCCAGAAUGGGAAGGGUGCUAUGAUAGACUCAUGGGGAAGGGGGCAGUGAGAGAAAGCCCUUUAUUUUUAUUUUAUGCUUUGAUACCAGGAUGACAAGAGACGGGGUAACAAAAGCCGGCGUUGGCUGACUUUGGAAAGAUAAGGAAGAGAAGGAUGCUGGGGAGGGGAGGGGGGGUUGAAUGACUGUAUCAUUGACGCACAUGUUCUUUCU